UGCGGCCGUGAGAAAAAAACUAAGAUGGCGUCUCGUUAAGAAAGAUAGGGUGGCCCGAGGAUAGUGAUGAUGAUGAUCGGAAAAUGAUUGAUAGUUGCACUACUGACCAAGUGUGAGACUCACAUUUACCAUCCAAAUGUUCCUCUGGUGUUAAUGCUUCUCACUUGUGUGUUUGCCGGAGCGGAGUUAUAUGGAGAAGUGAGGCUGAAAACGGUCAACUUUGCUAGCGAGCGUUAGCUAGCCAACUGGAUCAGGCACAGCUGGCCAACGUUAGCUAACCACCAGUCAUCCAAACAACAACAGAGGAAGGAGAGUUUCCACCAACCCUAUCAUUCCCCUGGACAUCGAGGUGUCUACGGGGCGAUGGAAGGGGAAGAGUUUGUGCCUCCUCCGGAGUGCCCAGUAUUUGAACCAUCAUGGGAGGAGUUUCAGGAUCCCUUGGGCUAUAUUGCCAAGAUCCGUCCAAUUGCAGAGAAAUCUGGAAUCUGCAAGAUUCGCCCUCCUUCGGACUGGCAGCCACCUUUCUCAGUGGAAUUGGAUAGCUUCCGCUUCACACCACGCAUCCAGAGGCUUAAUGAGUUGGAGGCGGAGACCCGAGUGAAGCUGAAUUAUUUGGACCGCAUUGCCAAGUUUUGGGAGAUUCAAGGAUCCUCUUUGAAAAUCCCAAAUAUUGAAAGGCGCAUUCUUGAUCUUUUCAGUCUGUCCAAGAUUGUGACAGAAGAAGGAGGUUUUGAGAUGGUCUGUAAGGAACGGCGCUGGGCUCGUGUGGCCCAGAGGCUUGGCUACCCUGCAGGCAAGAACAUAGGCUCCCUUCUGCGCUCGCAUUACGAGAGGAUUGUCUACCCCUUUGAAAUGUUCCAAUCUGGUGCCAGCCUGCCGCAUUGCAAGCCAAAGCACUAUGACGGUGAGGAUGUGGAUAAAGAGUACAAGCCCCACUCCAUUCCCCUGCGCCAGUCGGUCCAGCCAUCUAAAAUGAGCAGUUACGGACGCAGAGCCAACCGCUGCCAGCCAGAUGGUCCAGAGGAUCUGGCCCCCCAUCCUCUCACCACUGGCUCUCAACUCAUCUCUGCGCCUGAACCAACAGAGGAAGAUAUCGAGAAGAACCCAGAGCUGAAGAAGCUGCAGAUCUAUGGUGCAGGGCCUAAAAUGAUGGGACUGGGUCUGGUGGCCAGGGACAAAGGCAUUAGAAAGAAAGAAGAGCUGCCUCAAACUGUUACUGUCCGGGACAGCGUGUCUUCAGCAGCAGCCACUGCUGCUAGUGAUGCCUCAGUCACAGAGGAGCCACUGGAGGCUCAGGAGAAGCAGAUUGAUGGGAGCACACCUGGCCCCCCAGUGCUUCCCUCGAGCACCUCAGUUAAGACGGAAGUGAAGAAAGAGGAGUCAGUGGAAGAGGGUGAGAAGGACAUUGAUCAGGGGCAAGAUGAUGUAGAUGGACCCUGCACCAAGAUGACCAUGAGGCUGAGACGCAACCUCAACAAUCCGCAGUUUGCCGACUCCUUUGUGUGUCGGAUGUGUGGCCGGGGAGAUGAUGAUGAGAAGCUCCUGCUGUGUGAUGGCUGCGAUGAUAACUACCACACCUUUUGUCUCCUGCCUCCACUCACUGAUCCUCCUAAAGGCAAUUGGCGAUGUCCCAAAUGUGUGGCAGAGGAAUGCAAGAAGCCUUCAGAAGCUUUUGGCUUUGAACAAGCUACCCGAGAGUACACUCUUCAGAGUUUUGGGGAAAUGGCUGAUGCUUUCAAAGCAGAUUACUUCAACAUGCCUGUCCAUAUGGUUCCCACAGAACUGGUGGAGAGAGAGUUCUGGAGGUUAGUCAGUAGCAUUGAGGAAGAUGUGACUGUUGAGUAUGGAGCAGACAUACAUUCCAAGGAGUUUGGCAGUGGCUUUCCAAUGAACAAUGGCAAGAGACACCUCACAAAGGAAGAGGAGGAAUAUGCCCGCUGUGGCUGGAACUUGAAUGUGAUGCCAGUGUUGGAGCAGUCAGUUCUGUGCCAUAUCAAUGCUGACAUCUCUGGGAUGAAGGUGCCCUGGCUUUACGUUGGCAUGGUGUUCUCAGCCUUCUGCUGGCACAUCGAAGACCACUGGAGCUACUCCAUCAACUAUCUGCACUGGGGUGAACCAAAGACUUGGUAUGGGGUUCCUUCUGUGGCAGCUGAGCGUCUUGAGGAGGUGAUGAAGAAGCUGACGCCUGAGCUGUUUGAGUUCCAGCCUGACCUCCUCCACCAGCUGGUCACCAUAAUGAACCCCAAUAUCCUCAUGGCUCAUGGAGUACCGGUUGUACGUACCAACCAAUGCGCUGGAGAGUUUGUCAUCACUUUUCCCAGAGCCUACCACAGUGGUUUCAAUCAGGGAUACAACUUUGCUGAAGCUGUCAACUUCUGCACUGCAGACUGGCUGCCUGCGGGCCGUUCCUGCAUUGAACACUACCGGCGUCUGAGGAGGUAUUGUGUGUUCUCCCAUGAAGAGCUCACCUGUAAAAUGGCUGCAUGCCCAGAGAGGCUAGACCUCAACCUGGCAGCAGCUACACACCGGGAAAUGUUCAUUAUUGUUCAGGAGGAGAGGAAACUCCGGAAGGGCUUGAUGGAAAGGGGUAUUACUGAAGCAGAGAGGGAGGCGUUUGAGCUGUUGCCUGAUGAUGAGAGACAGUGUGAUAAAUGCAAGACCACCUGCUUCCUCUCUGCUCUGGCCUGCUCAAACUGUCCUGAGCGUCUGGUCUGUCUCUAUCACACUCAGGACCUCUGCAACUGCCCCACAGACAAACUCUACCUCAGGUACAGAUACACCCUGGAUGAGUUGUUGGCCAUGUUACACCGAUUAAAGGUUCGGUCAGAGUCCUUUGAUUCCUGGGCCAAUAGAGUGAAAGAGGCACUUGAACAGGAGGAAGGAAACAAGAUAGGAAUUGAUGACCUGGAGAUGCUGAAAAAGGAAGCAGCAGAGAAGAAGUUUCCAGACAAUGAACUCCUUCAGAAACUGAACACUGUUAUUAAAGAUGUACAGCACUGCCAACAGACAAGCACGGAACUCCUCAGUAACUCGUCAUCCAGUGGAAGUAAGAUGACCUUUGCGGAGCUGAAGUCCUUAGUAGACACAAUGCAGAACCUGCCGUGUGUGAUGGGUCAGUUGGAGGAAGUGCAGGCGGUUUUGCAGACAAUAGAGGAUUUCCAGGGAAAAGCUCAAGCUCUAGUCAGUGACCGGGACUGGAGGAGGGACUCUCCACCAGCCGAGCAGUUGCAGGCCCUGUUGGACCAGGGGGCCAGUCUGCCUGUGGAGGUACCAGAGUGUGAUUUGCUCCGGGGCCUGCAGGAGCAGGGUCAUUGGCUAGGUGAGGUGAGACGCACCCUGGGCGCAGAAGAAGGAGAGAGAAGAGAGGUGACCUUGGCUGUGCUGCGGAACCUGAUGGAAGCAGGCUGCAACGUGCCCCAGAGUGUAUCAGUGGAGACAGCCAUGGCAGAACUUCAGGAGCUGCUCACAAUCGCAGAGCGCUGGGAGGAGAAGGCACAGAUCUGCCUUGAGCAACGGCAAAAGCACCCUCUCUCUACCCUGGAGGCCAUAGUUAAUGAAGCCCAGCUUAUCCCGGUCAAGCUGCCCAACAUCCUGGCUCUGCAGGGCUGUCUCAGCCGAGCAAGGGCUUGGGUAACAGACCUGGAGGAAAUCCAGAACGGGGAACACUACCCAUGUCUGGAUGACCUUGAGGGCUUGGUGGCCAUUGGAAGGGACCUGCCAGUCUGCAUGGAGGAGCUACGACAGCUUGAACUGCAGGUGGCCAGCGCCCACUCCUGGAGGGACAAGGCCAGCAAGACUUUUCUGAAGAAGAGCAGCCAACACAGUCUGCUAGAGGUGUUAUGUCCAUGUGCAAAACGGAAGGAGAGCAAAGAUGACACUGAGCCGUUAGAUGAUCCAUUAGAUGACUCUGAUACAAACACACUGGGCCUGUCUGCCCAGGACCUGAGGGACCCUGGCGCUAUUGUGAUGGCAUUCAAAGAAGGGGAGCACCAGGAGAAGGAAGCACUACUGAGGAUACAGAAGUUAAACAUGUGUAAAGCUGGACUUGAUACCACAACUUGCAGGGAGGACAAGGAGAACGGGAAGUGGGACGACAGCAUGGAGCUGGACACAUCCAGCCAUUCACAGAACUCUCUAAAGGAGAACGGUAACAGUAACCACACCAGUGCAACCCCUCCUCAGUCAGUGUGUGUGUGUGGUGGGCAGCCUCGUGGCCCUCAGCUCCGCUGCCAUUUGUGUAAAGACUGGUUCCAUGGUGGAUGUGUUCCUUUCCCCUCUUUGCUACCCUCCUCUGGACAAACAGUUAACCCCCUCUGCUGGUGGGACUGGGACUCACGCUUCUUAUGCCCGCGAUGCCAGCGGUCGCGGCGGCCUCGCUUAGAGACCAUCCUGGCAUUACUGGUGGCUCUGCAGAGGCUUCCAGUGCGUCUGCCUGAAGGAGAGGCACUGCAGUGUCUGACAGAGAGAGCCAUCACCUGGCAGGGUCGUGCCAAGGAGGCGCUUGAGACACCAGAGCUACAGAAGGCACUUAAGAAGCUGCAGGAACUCAAAGAGAGUCUCCACUGGGAGGCAGAGAAGGAGGAAGACAUGGAACAGGAGGCGAAAGGGAACUCUGUAAUUGUUUUGUCAGAUUCUGAAGAUGUGGAAGGAGACGAAGGAGUCAUUGAUCUGACAAAAGACAACUCGCCUAAGAAGAGCACCAAGGAGAUGAAUGGCACUCCGGCUGAAUGUGAAAAUGGCAUCAGCAAGAAGUCAAAUGUUACAGGUGUGGGUUCUCUGCUGCCCUUGCUGCCAUUACUUCAAGGCCAGGUAGUGGAGCUGUCCCCAGCCACCAGGGUCCGCUUGGAGGAGCUUCAGCUGGAAGGAGAUCUACUAGAGGUUUCUCUGGACCAGACACACACCAUCCACAGAGUCCUGCAAGCUGCCUCUGUCCCACCCAGAGAGACACUGCGCAUACUCAUUCAGAUUGAGAUUCAGGAGCAGAGAGGAAACAGCCGUGGACGAAGCAAGGAGUCCAAAAGGAAGAGGAAGAGCCACAGAGGGGCCGGUGGGGAAGAGGCGGGACUCAUGUCCCUCGAUGUCUCAGAGUCAAAGAAAACCCGCCCCAUCAGCCACAGUCCCACCCCUCACUUAAUCGAGACACAUCCAGAGAUUUUGUGAUUAUAGUCAGCGGUGGAGCUCUGUGCGAACACAUUGGUCCAACUUCAAAGAGGAACAGAAUCGUCAGAUCAUUCUGUGCCAGAAGACAGUGUCAUGAUACAGAAAGAUGCAGGACAUCCCCUCGUACGCCACGUCCCCCAUCCCUCACUCAUGUAUUCAAACACUAAGAGUGAUGACAGUCUCGAAGCCCCUUCAUGUACACUCCACUGUCUCAUCCUCAACCUUAGCCAUAUCUCACCCACCAUCCAUUUUUCCAUAUCACAGUCCUUCCCAUUUUUAUUUUCCACCCCUCCAACCCCGCCUCAUGCUCCCAGUGAACGUGUUAGGAGUGUGUGGAUCAGACUGCUGUAACGGGAGAGUCCUUCGGUCUUAAAUUGUCUCUGAGAUCAGUCAGUAUGCUAUGUUUUCCCGGCUGUAUUAAAUGCUAGUUCAACUGAGGCUUGUCUCAAUACAGGACAUUGCAGUUUCACUUUACUUGACCCCGCCCACUGAAGUUGGAUAAACGGGGGUUUAAUUAGGCAGUGCUGUUGAGGCAUGAAUCCUGAAGCUGAAGUACAGCAGAAGGUUUUGACAGCCAAUCUUAGGAAACAGCACCGUGGUAACACUUGUAUUUUCUUUUUGUAUUGAAUCUUGUGUUUGAUGAAGCUGUUUGAGGGGACAUGCAUUUUGAAUAAGCCGGUAGUAUAUUUUGGGAAGUGUGAAAAACAGGCAUUCAUGUUUUUGGUGCUACUUUCCCAAAACGGAUAUCUGUACCUCUUGCAUUCAAUCUUUAUCUCUCCCUCCCUCUCUCUCUCUUUCUGCCCUUCCCUCCUGUGAUGCCUUUUUUAGCUCCCAUCCUCUUGACUCCAUGUUUUAUUCUAUUCCUUUGAAUUUGACCUUCUCUGUGUCUCUUUUUCUGCAAAUUAAGGUAACUUCACUGUAACUCACUUUAUCACAUUUUAUUUUGUUCUUGGGUUCAAAUGAUUAUAUUAUUAUUGUUAUUGAUAUUGCAGACACGCAGUUGUCGUGAGUUUGUGUAUAAACUUUUCAUUUUAAUGUUGCCUUUGUUUCUUUUCACUCUUGUUAGAAAAUAAAGGUUUAGAAUUGUUUAGGA